AUGGUGACAGAUGGUGAUGAUCAACGCUCCGAGGAGGGUUCCAGAGGUGAGAAGAUAUGUCUAAUGAAUCUUCUGGCGUUAGUUCGUGGCGUUUAUGAUGAGGAUGAAACAAGAACUGUACAAGGAAAAGAUAGUGUAUCUAAGGAACUUUGUCUAUUCAAACAAAAGAGUGAUGAAUGCAACGCUACUAAUUACUAUCAUGACAAUGCUUCUUCUUCCUCCUCCUCCUCGAGUUUGUCCUCUGUGGUGUCUCAAGAACCCAUCAGGGUAGAGCCUAUUAGGGAAGUUAAGGUCCAAAGAAAACGGCCGGUCAAAGGAGAGAGAGGGGUUACUCCGGAAUGGCUGGUUAAUCUGAUGGGAACACUAAACGGUGUGGACGCAAAGCUGGUGAUUGAUAAGAUGAUUGAGAAGAGUGAUGUCAACGCUAACCAAGGACGUCUCUUGAUUCCCUUUAACCAAAUAGUGGAGAAUGACUUCUUGAACGAGGCAGAGUUGAAUCUCAUAGAUGAGCAUCAAAGAGAUCAUAGUCAUAAAGGUGUUGGUGUGAUCGUGGUUGCAUCUGAUGGUAGAAGAUGGAAUGCUAACAUAAGGAGAUGGAAUAUGAACUGUCCCAAUUACUCUUUAUGUUCGGGAUGGAACGACGUCGUCCGCGAGAACAAUCUCAAGGACAAGAUAGGUCAGAUUCUUCAACUAUGGUCCUUCCACUCAUCACAAGAUGGGAAGCUAUAUCUUGCCUUCUUUCAUCAGCCUCCAGCUCCGGAGAUGCAUGCAGCUUCAUCUUCAUCCAUGGCUCUAGAUAUAGAUUCAGGCAACCUCGACCUAAAUAUACCAUUGGCUCCUCUUGAGGAUCUACAAGAGAGGCAUGAUGGUAGGGGGACUUCACUGGAAUCAGUCAGAGAGACGACGACAACGGUGGACCUCGAGCUGCGGCUAGGGCCCACAAGGCAUGAUACGAGGACUUCACAGGAAUCAGUCGGAGAGACGACGACGAUGGUGGACCUCGAGCUCCGGCUAGGGCCCACAAGGCAUGAUAGGAGGACUUCACAGGAAUCAGUGGGAGAGACGACGACGAUGGUGGACCUCGAGCUCCGGUUAGGACGACUUCACAUGAAUCAGUCACUGAGACGACGACGAGGGUGGAUUUCACUUAACUGA